GAGUGGGGGAGCAGCUAGAGCGGGGGAACAGCUAGAGCGGGGGAGCAGCAGACAGCACACUGGCAGGUGAAGAUUCUAGUUCUCUCCACCACUCACCUGUCAGCAACCUCAGAGCACUGGUCCUCUGUCAAGUGACAAGAUUGGGAUGAUGCUUUUAAGACCCCUCCAAGUGACAACUCUAUCUUGGUCUGAGCAUUGUGUGAAGAACCACGCUAGACACCAGUCCGGUCCUACCACCUGCCUCUAUCUGACUCGUUCUCUCCCAAUUCCCCUUUUCAAACAUCACCACUGCCAUCUAACUGGACUCUUCUAAAGGAGACAGCUAUCGGCAGCAGGGAAAAGUCAAGUCUAUAAUGAAAACUCGAGUCUCAUGGAGUGGAGCGUGAUCAUGAAUGUGAGUUUGGCGCUGUGGACUGCAAAACAAGGAGAGGGGGGAAUCGUGUAGUCCAGUCCUGUUUCGUGGAGAAAACAGUUGGGGCCCAGAGAGGCAAAGAUCACAAAACGAUCCAGUGGCAGUCGGAAUCAGGACUCGGCCCCCAGCUCCCGCUGAGGCAGUCAUUCCACGAGUUUCUUUUCAUUCAGAUUCUUGGAGCACUUUGCUGACAAACAGUGGACAAGGCUUGGGUCACAAUGACCGGAGUGCCUGUCUUGUUUGCUAAGCGGCUCCGCCUUCUGCAACAUGGCGGUCUCCAGGGGACAAUGAUGUGCAGUAGGGGCUUUGAGGUCCAGAGUUUGCCCUGACCUGCUGGGCAGGACACACUGCGUUUUAAGGUCUAUGGAAAGAACUGCCCUCAACUCUGAACUCUGCAGUCUAAGACUCUGCUGUGAAAAGAGUUUUAAAGCACUGGCUACUUUCUCUGACACCCUUCCCCACCCCCCAGCUGACAGCGCCAAGACACACACACACACACACCCCAACUUUCUCUGUCCUGUUCCCUGACUGUUUGCUGUUGCUUUGGAGCCUCAUAAAUAGGGCAUUGAAAACACUUCCUGCGGCUGAAAGGAGCCCUGAGUAGCUUGUCUCAUUCCCAGUAUGCCGCUCAGCGAGGGGUCCGUCCUCCUCUGUCACUGUCUCUUUUGCCUGUUGUAAUUCUGUCUGCCUCUGACUUGGCCUGUGUCUCUGUGUCUCUGCCUCCCCUCACUUGCUCCUAUUGCCGGAGCCUCUGUCCCUCAUCUUUCCACCUUCCUGUCUCUGCGCUAGUCUUUGCUUUUCUUGCUUUUCCCCCCAACACCCUGUCUUCCCUCUACAUCCAGGCUGCUGCCUCUUUUGGAAUCUGCGGGCUUUCCUCUGCAUUACUGGGUCUGUUGGUCUAGUCAGGAGGACUUUGGGUCCGGUGGCUGUGAGUGGCCUGCUGCCAAAGGUGGGAGGAGCCCUUGGGGGGGGCGGGAUUGGCCCUAAAGCCACCUCAUAAAGACUGUGACUGCAAGAGGCUUUCUGGAGGAGUCCUGGAGGGGCUGUUUGUUGCGGCAGGCAGACCCCAGGAGCUCAGCUGGGGCUCUGCAGUGUCAUGCCCUGGAGCCCCCUGGCUGCGCUGAGCUGGGCGCUGGUGCUGCGGCUGCUGGCAUUGCUGUGGCCCCCGGGGCUGGGUGAGGCGUGCAGCUGCGCGCCUGCGCACCCCCAGCAGCACGUCUGCCACUCGGCUCUAGUAAUCCGGGCAAAAAUCUCUAGUGAGAAGGUAGUACCUGCCAGUGAAGACCCUGCUGACACUCAAAAAAUGAUCCGGUAUGAAAUCAAACAGAUAAAGAUGUUUAAAGGGUUCGAAAAGGCCAAGGACGUUCAGUAUGUCUACACACCAUUUGACUCCUCUCUCUGUGGCGUGAAACUAGAAACCAACAGCCAGAAGCAGUAUCUUCUGACUGGCCAGAUUCUCAGUGAUGGAAAAGUCUUCAUCCAUCUGUGCAACUACAUUGAGCCCUGGGAGGACCUGUCCUUGGUGCAGAGGGAGAGUCUGAAUCAUCACUACCACCAGAACUGUGGCUGCCAAAUCACCACUUGCUACGCAGUGCCCUGUACCAUCUCAGCCCCCAAUGAGUGUCUCUGGACAGACUGGCUGCUGGAACGGAAGCUCUAUGGGUACCAGGCCCAGCACUAUGUCUGCAUGAAGCACGUUGAUGGCAUCUGCAGCUGGUACCGGGGCCACCUACACCUCCGGAAGGAGUAUGUUGACAUCAUCCAGCCGUAGUGGGGACCAGUGAACACCACAUCCUUGAAGAGUCCUGAAGACCAAGCCAGUUCUCUGUGGUACUCUGACCAUCGCCACCUGCCAUGUUGCAGCUAGAUGAUGGGAAGUGACAAGUGGGUGGCCUGGCCAGCAUCAUGGCAGUUGUGGAGCGUGUGACAGCUUAUGCCCACAUCUCCAGCUCCCAACUUGUCGAGGGCUGGGGAAGGUAGUUUGACUUAGCUGCCUUGCCCUCAGGUCCUCUCCCUUCGCUCUCAAACUUUGUUAGUCUAGUUGAUACCUGUUACUGAAAGUUUUUAUUCUGGCUUUGUGUUCUCCAGUCAGGAAAAUGUAUGUUCCUUUUCUUAGCUCAUACGGUAAGGGAGAAGCCGCGAGUGUCGUAAGAUGGCACAGCCUUGUGGUGCACGCUAUGGAAGGGGUGACUGAAUCCUGAGUGGGCUGGUUGGCUGGAAUGAAAAGAAUACACUAAAGCCCCAUAUCCUCUACUCCCACUGGCUCAAUUUAGCCUAAUCCUCUGACACAUUUUCGUCUGCUUAAAGGGCACAGUGAGAGCUGAACAGCCUACUCUUCUCUGCAAGGGCCCUGAUACUGUUGUUGGCAGAAGGACUGGCCCAGCUAGAGUUCAUCUCUGGUCAAGGAAAGACUUACUAUACAAGGGCAAGCAUUCUCCCUCCAGGUUAAAUAUCUCUACCGCCUUCAGUUGGUGGCCAGGGACUUUUCCGCAGCCUCCUUCAGAUUGCUUAUGUCUUUGUUCCUAUCUUAGAACUUUGAUUUUAAGCAAAAACAAAAAGAUGAAACAACAAAAGUGACCCCAGAGCAUGGUCUUCUCCUAAGGUCAAAUUCUAGUAGAGGGUGAGAGGGAGAUAAUAAAAGAACCCUCUGGGAACCACACGCUAAUGGGGAACACAGCUUGCACUUGCUUUAAGCUUUUUCAGUGGCUAUCCUGCUAGAUGCUAUGGCAGCAGACAGACAGCUAGCUGUGAUUCUGAGAGUAUCUCUACCCUUCAGCUACACUCCAUUACCUGUGUGUCUAGAUGUUAUAGCAGCAGACAGCUAGCUGUGGUUCUGAGGGUAUCUCUACCCUUCAGCUAUGUCCCGGUACCUCUGUAUCUCAGACUCUAGUUACCAGCCCCUGAAGGCCCCUCAGCCUCUGUUAGCCUUCCUUAUUUGUCAAAAUGGGGAAACACUGGCAAUAGCCUCUAUGAUUUGCUAAACCAUAGAGCUUAACAUCCCAGAACCUUUUCCUGGGAAAAGCGCUGGAUAAGAUGGCAGAGAUCAUCAGUUCUUCUGACAACUCAGGACUGUUUCUCAUUUUGAUAUAUGGUCAGCUGGUGAGCAGGGCCAUGUGUGCGGUGCUGGAGGAAGGCUCUGGAUUUAAAUGCAAUGAUGGAGAUCCCUUUGGGAGGAGGGAGUGGGAGAGGACCAAACAAGAUCUCUGUCCCAGAACACAGCACUUGGAGGGCUCUGGCAGAGUCUCCAAGUGGGAUCAUCCAGUGAUAAUCCACACCAUCCUUGGGCAGAGGGUCUGGGGAUGGGGAGGAAGAUGAAAAGUGACCUCCAGGUUGCUCCGUGUGCAACAUCUUCAUAGCUUUCAACCGACCAUUUUUCCUUCCCUUCUAUCCUCCGGGGGCGGACUCAGAGAAGACAUAGGAUUAACUCUGCUUUGUCACAGUUUAAAGGUAGCAGAGGAAAUGGAAGUCUAGUGGAGAAUAACAUAAGCAACAGCUUCUGCCUUAGGAGGCUUCAUACCCACCAGGAGGCUUUUACUUGAGGAAUCUCUUUGAAGUCGUAUGCAUGCUGUAUGAAGUAUCCUGGUCAAAGGCAGCUGUGCCCACUUGGCGUGGCUAAGGGACUGACAUCCAGUGAGGGACUGUAACAUUGCCAGAGACACAUGGCAAAGCUAGAGCUAAACACAAAAUUGUGAAACCUCCUGACUACUGAUUUAUAGAUUUGUUGCCGUCUCUCAUUAAAACGCCCUUUGUUUCUGCUUUCCUCUACUCGGUACCCAGAAGUGGAAAACAUAGCUGUUGGCUAGAAUCUAGCUACUUUCGCUCCUCUGAGCAGCUACCUGAGGGGUUGGGCUGAGAGGCUGAGCCCUUGAGAGGCCUCCAGAGUCACCAUGUGGCUAUGAGUAGGAACAGCACAGAGUCAAAGCCCCAGUCUGCC